UCUUCAGUGCACAAAUGUUUGUUCACUCGUAGAGAGGUUAGAUUUGUGAAGUUCAACAUAAAUUUCUAAAGAUACGAUAAUACUAUAGAAAAUUUUAGAAUUUUCACGUUUUUACAGAUGAUGGAGGAAGUUGACAAUAUUAUUAUUCAUUCAUUACGUCAAAUAGGCUGAUAUACUUUGUUAUUUAGAAUGUUAACAAUAAACAGAUACCAUUAUAUUAGAGAUAAAUAUUAAUCACAUUUUAGUGACAUAGACGAGGGUAUAACAAAUCUCAGUGGUUUUAAUACGGAACUAGUGGUAGAUGCAACAAUAAAAUGCUUGGAUAUAAUAAAACCAGGUCUUGGAUUAUCUACUGUUUUACCUAUAAAUAUGGCAGCCCGUUUUCGACUGGGUGCUACACUUGCUCAAGCAUGUUCAGAACUAGGAUACAAAGGUGAUAUUGGCUAUCAAACAUUUUUAUAUAGCUCAGAAGCUGACCUACGUAAAGUUUUUAUGUUUUUGAUUGAGAAAUUACCAAAAGAAAGUGAUAAGCCAUUAAAUGAACCGAUUAGUAAUAUUGCAUUAUUAGAAAAAUCUAUAGCAACAGCAGUAGAUCAAAGUUUGUCAGUAUCUUGGUUGCCGCAUUACUGUCAUACAAAAGGAUUUAGAAAUAGGGGAAGAGCAAGUAUCCCUUGUAAAUCUGUGAAUUUAGAAAUACCAAAAGUAGAAGAUGGAGAAGAAUAUAAAGAAUAUUUCAUACAUUAUCUACAGUCUGUUCCUGAACAAAUCCAAAGUGCAUCAUCUGUUUUACCUUCUUUGAUAUCCUACAAUGCAAGAAGUACUUGUUCUUAUUCAAUGAAUAUUCUUGAUCGAAUAAAUUGGUUGAACGAGCAGUACUGUAAUAAAAUCACUCAGAUUAAUACAUCUGGUGAUGUUAAAGUUCUGAAUACAAUCCUGGUAAAAAAUGCAACAUUACCCUCCAAAGAAUCUCAGGUAAAAAACAACGGUACUACAGAAUCUACGCUUGUGAAAGAGAAACCACUUACACAAUUAGAUAAACUGGAAGAACAAGAUUUAAAAGUAGAAAAAAUAAAAGUUGAAUGUGAAAAUUUCAGAAGUAAUAUAGAAGAGUUACAAGACGCGAUUAAAAAGUUAACUACCAGUGUGAGUCAAAUAACAAUAAAUUAUCAAAAUGAAGAAAAGGAAUUAACAAUUAAUGAAGAACAGAAAAAAUUUAAAGCAAGAAUAUAUGACCUAUUACAAGAUGGUGAAGAAAACAUUAAGAAAUUAGAAGCAGCAAUUGAAAUUAGUACAAAUAAAUUAAUUAAUUUAAGUAACCAGUGGGAAAAACAUAGAGUACCAUUAAUUGAGAAAUAUAGGCAAGAAAGAGAAAAACAUUCAACAAAAGCUAGUGCAAGCCAAAAGAAGCAGGAUGAAAUCAAACUGUUAAAAGAGAAGGAGAAAGAACUUCUAGAAGAAUGUCGUAACAAAGAUCAACAGUACUCACAAUUAGUAACAGAAGUUCAUAAACUUCCUAAAGAAGUAAAUAGAUCCGCUUAUACCCAACGAAUUUUAGAAAUAAUUAAUAAUGUUAGGAAACAAAAGGACGAAAUCAACAAAGUUUUAGCUGACACACGAGAAAUUCAAAAAGAAAUCAACACUCUUACAGGCAGAUUGGAAAGAUCGUUUACGGUUGUUGAUGAAUUAAUAUUUCGAGAUGCAAGAACAAAUGAAGCAUCAAGGAAGGCUUACAAAUUACUAGCCACACUACAUUCUGAUUGUAGCGAACUUGUAAGUUUAGUAGAAGAAACUGGUGCGACUAUACGAGAAAUAAGGGAUUUAGAAGAACAGAUUGAUUCUGAGUCCACAAAAAAUGUUGGGGCAAACUUAGAGAGGAUAACUGCUGAUUUGAAACAAAUGAAGCAAGAAACGGCAGCAUUAACAGCACAACUACAGACUAAAACUUCGUGAUCGUUAUGUAAUAUGUGAUACUGUAAUAUAAAUUGUAAUAACAACGACCAGGACAUUCCUCAUAAACGAGUACGAUUCCGAAGACCAAAUUUUAUAGUCAUAAAUAAUACAAAAG